UUGCCGGUCCUUCUCCUCCUUCAGAUGCUGAGCCAGCCGGGAGAGGAUGGGGCAGGUGGCCUGGAGAGCUCUGUGCCUGUCGCUGUUCGAUUAUAAGACGGAGAAAUAUGUCAUCGCCAAGAACAAGAAAGUGGGGGUGCUCUACCGAGUGGUCCAGUUAUCCAUCAUGGCCUACAUUGUGGGGUGGGUCUUUGUGGUCAAGAAAGGGUACCAAGAUGUGGAUACGUCUAUCCAGAGCUCUGUCAUCACCAAAGUGAAAGGAGUGGCUUUCACCAACACCUCUGAGCUGGGCGAGAGGCUAUGGGAUGUCGCAGACUAUGUCAUCCCCCCACAGGGUGAAAGCGUCUUCUUUGUAAUGACCAACUUGAUUGUCACUCCAAACCAACGGCAGGACACCUGUGCGGAGAGCCCUGGAAUUCCAGAUGCACUCUGUUACCGCAACAGCGACUGCAAUUCUGGAGAAGCCGUCGUCGCGGGCAACGGAGUCAAGACUGGCCGUUGUCUGAAGGUUGGCAACAGCUUGAGUGGGACGUGCGAGAUCUUAGCUUGGUGUCCAGUGGAGAAGAAAGGCAAGCCCAGAAAGCCUCUGCUGGCAAAUGCCGAAAACUUCACUGUCUACAUCAAGAACUCCAUCCGCUUCCCCAGGUUUAAGUUCUCCAAAACCAACGUCCUCGACACCACAGAUGACAGCUACCUGAAAACGUGCCGCUACGGACCGGGCCACCCUUACUGCCCCAUAUUCCACCUGGGGAACCUCGUCUCGUGGGCUGGGAGCAACUUUCAGGAAAUGGCGUCAGAGGGUGGUGUGAUAGGAAUUCAGAUUGAAUGGGACUGUGACCUUGAUAAGCCCCCCUCUGAAUGCAAUCCUCACUAUUCUUUUAGCCGGCUGGAUAACAAGUUUGCAGAGAAAUCCGUCUCGUCGGGAUACAACUUCAGGUUUGCCAAGUAUUACCGUGAUGCAGCCGAUGUGGAUUUCCGGACUCUGAUCAAGGCUUACGGGAUCCGCUUCGAUGUCAUGGUGAACGGAAAGGCGGGGAAAUUUAACAUCAUUCCGACGAUCAUCAAUGUGGGAUCAGGUGUUGCGCUGAUGGGAGCAGGGGCUUUCUUCUGUGACCUGGUGUUGCUGUACUUCCUCCAAAAGAGCAAUUUUUACCGAGGCAAAAAAUAUGAAGAAGUGAGGAAACCCGUACCAGAAGCAAAUAUCAACGGAGAUCAGAGUUCCGACUCCCUCUCCAGGCUGGAUCACCUGAGGCAAUUGCAGUCGGUUGAGACCUAACGCCAAGGCCACUGACCGGCAACCACACUCCACUAAGACUUCAUGGGCCGGGGAUAACUAAGCAAUCCAUGAUGCCAGGGCCAUCGUUUACCUCACGGAUAGGCGAUGGAGACCAGGAGGAUGAGGUCAACCGCAGGCCUUUCACAGCUCCCCAAAGCCUUAUUUUCUGGUGACAUUCCGCCAUACCCUGAGCCACAUCUACGUCACUCAACAC